AUGGAUGAUGGCGCUCUGGGACGCAGCGAUUGGAGGUCCGGUCGCAGGAAGCAUGAGGGAGAAGCGGCAUAUGAGAUGGAGGAGGAAAAGAGGAGAAAAUAUCACCGGAGUCGACGAAGCCCCAGUGGCAGGUCGUCGCGGCCUAGGUCAGAACGUGGCAGUGAGGACGAGAGUGGCACGCGGAACGACGGACGAAGCCUCGUCAAACGCUCGGGUCCAUUACCUUCUCAGGGCGAUUCUUUCGCAUUGAGCAAAGGCGAGGAGUCCGAAAGGCCAAAAGAGAAGCCCAACUUUGGAAAUUCUGGUGUGCUGGCGGCAGCAUCCAAGGCGGUCACUCAGGCAGACGGCACAACAAUCACGCUGAAAUAUCACGAGCCGCCGGAAGCCAGGAAACCACCGCCACGAGACGAGUGGAAAUUGUUCGUGUUCAAGGGGCAAGACAUUGUGGACACAAUCGAGCUCAGCACUCGGAGUUGCUGGCUGGUCGGCAGAGAGCUGGCCGUCGUCGACCUCCCUGCCGAACAUCCGAGUAUCAGCAAGCAACACGCCGUCAUACAGUUUCGAUACACAGAGAAACGCAACGAGUUUGGCGACAAGAUUGGGCGGGUGAAACCGUAUCUGAUCGACUUGGAGAGCGCAAACGGCACCAUGCUCAACGGGGAAAGGGUGCCUGAGAGCCGUUAUCUGGAAUUGCGGAAUAAGGACAUGAUUCAGUUUGGCUCAAGCACCCGGGAGUACGUCCUUAUGCUGGCUCCCAAGGAGUAA